CUCUAAAGUAUAAAGACUUUGUUGGAAGACAAUUGUGUUUAUUUUUUCUGAAUCAUUUUGAUAAUAAAUAUUCAUAAAUUUUAGAAAAAUGUUUAAAACGCAUUUUGCCAAAGUAAAAAAUAAACUUCAACAUUGUGUAAAUUUUUCAUAUCCAUAUGCUACAGCUAUCAAUCUUCAUAUAACACCCAACACGGAAGGGUUGUCUGCUAAGCCAUUUGAAAGCAUACCAGGUCCCUCUAAAUUACAAUUGUUGAGGGCAUUUAUGCCGGGAGGAAGAUUUUAUCAGAAAUCCUUUAUAGAAUUUAACCGCCAAUUGAGAUCUCAGUAUGGCGACAUAUUUUUGGUACCGGGACUUUUCGGCAAACGUGAUGUUCUUUUCACCUAUAAUCCCAAAGACUAUCAGCAAGUUUUUCGCACAGAAGGUUUAUAUCCUAUACGCCGAGGAUUAGAUAUAAUACAAUAUCAUCGCAAGGAACUUAGAAAGGAUGUUUUUAAGCAUGCCGUAGGCUUGGUGGCAGAACAAGGAGAAAACUGGUCCAAAUUUCGCUCUGCCGUCAAUCCAGUCAUGAUGAAUCCUAAAACUAUAACAAUGUAUAUACCAAAAACAGAUCAGAUGGCGAAAAAAUUCAUUGAAUGCAUAAAACGUAUACGAGAUCCCAAUACCCAAGAAGUUCCUGAAAAUUUCGAAGAAUAUAUAAAGUAUUGGACCAUGGACUCCGUGGGUCUAAUAGCUUUAGAUACAGACUUAAAUAUGCUAGAUAACAGUGAAGCGCAACCUGAUGCAAAAAUUGUAAUAGAUAAUAUGGAAGAAUUCUUUCAAUUGCUUUUGGAAUUGGAUAUGCAACCUUCAAUGUGGAAGUUUAUAGCAACACCAAAAUUUAAGAAGAUUAUUAGAAUAUUGGAUUUAGUGAAUGAACUUUCUUUAACAUAUGUUAAUAAAGCUUUAGAAAGAUUGCAGAGGGAAGGUAAAAAUAAGCCAGAACAGGAAAAAAGUAUUUUAGAAAGAUUGGCAAGUAAAGAUCCUUUAAUAGCCGCAACCAUGGCAAUGGAUAUAUUUUUAGCGGGAGUAGAUACGACAACUUCUGCCUUGACCGCCUGUUUACUUACUUUGGCUACAAAUGCCAAAAAGCAAGCAAACUUGAGGCGGGAACUAUUGACAAUUUUACCAGAUAAAAAUUCUGCUUUAAAUCAGGAAAAUAUGAAAAAUCUUCCCUAUUUAAGGGCCUGCAUUAAAGAAUCAUUGCGCUUAUAUCCCGUAGCCACGGGUAACUUCCGUACAACUGGCCAGGAUACUGUACUGAGUGGUUUUCGUGUUCCUGCAAAUACUGACGUUUCCAUGACUGCUCAAUUACUUUUAAAAGAUCCCAAAUAUUUUGAAUAUCCUGACAAGUUCUUGCCAGAACGUUGGCUACGUUCCCAAGCCUUAGCUGAAGCGGAAAACGUGUGUCCUGCCAACAAAGGAGAUCCAUUUGUUUAUUUGCCUUUCGGUUUCGGUCCUCGCAUUUGUAUUGGAAAACGUAUUGUGGACUUAGAGUUGGAAACUGUGCUGGCAAGAUUGUUAAGAAAUUUUGAGAUAAAGUUUGAUUAUUCUACAGCUGACAUGUUUAAAACGAAUAUUAUUAAUAUACCGGCCAAGCCGCUUAAAUUUAAGUUUUGUGAUUUGUAUAAUUAAUAAGAAUUUAAUGAAUGUACUCAAAAAAAGU